AUGCCUACCUGGGGGGCUGGCUCCGCGACCCCCGACCGCUUCGCCGUGUCCGCGGAGGCCGAGGACAAGGUGUGGGAGCAACAGCCCCACGUGGAGCGCAUCUUCCGCGUGAGGAUGAGCGUCCUCCGGAAGGACUGCCCCGAGACCCCUCACAUCUGGCUGCAGCUGGAGGGCCCCAAGGAGAACGUCAGCAGAGCCAAGGAAUACCUGAAGGGUCUCUGUAGCCCAGAGCUGCAGGAUGAAAUCCACUACCCACCCAAACUGCACUGCAUCUUCCUGGGGGCUCAGGGCUUCUUCCAUGAUUGCCUGGUCUGGAGCACAUCAGCCCACCUGGUGCCUGGGGCGCCCGGGUCACUGAUGGUCAGUGGCCUUACGGAGGCCUUCGUCAUGGCUCAGAGCCGAGUGGAGGAGCUGGUGGAGCGACUGAGCUGGGACUAUCGGCCAGGGCUGUCUCCUGGAGCCUCACAGUGUGCCGGAGUGCUGAAGGACUUCUGUGCCCUGCUGCAGCCCCAGGGGGAUGCCCACAGAGAGGCCCUGCUGCAGCUGCCCCUGGCUGUCCAGGAGGAAUUGCUGAGCCUGGUACAGGAGGCAUCCAGGGGACAAGGACCCCAAGCACACUUCUCCUGGGAUGGGGGGAGCCCGGUCCUGCUUGGUGCUCAGCAUCAAGGAGUCAGAGCUCCCCUGAAUGAAGGCAGGGCGUCCCUGGACACUGGACCUACAGGGUGUCCAGAGUCAAGGGGAGAGGGACAUGCUAUAGAGAAGGAGGGAAGGAAGCAGGGUGGCUCGAGGGAGAUGGAUUUGGGAUUGAAGGGGCUGCCUGGGGAAGAGGCCUGGGAGAAGGAAGUGACCUGCAGGUCACAGACAGGGGGCAGGGAGGUAGGGCAGGAAGGCUUCCCAAAGAAGGCGGCCCCGGGGAAGGAGGGGGUGCCUCAGGAAAGAGGAAGGUCUGGUAUCCAGGGUGAGUCUCCUGGUGCCCAGGGCUGUCAGAGGGCAGCUCAGCUCCGGGGAGCCUCUCUCCUCCAACGGCUCCACAAUGGGGAAGCCUCACCUCCCAGAGUGCCUAGCCCCCCAACUGCACCUGAACCCCCAUGGCAUUGUGGAGACAGGGGAGACAAGCAACAGGUUGUGGCUCGAGGUCGGGGGUCUCCGUGGAAACGAGGCACCCGGGGGGGCAACUUGGUGACUGGCACACAGCGUUUCCAGGAGGCCCUACAGGACCCUUUUACCCUGUGCCUUGCCAAUGUACCUGGCCAGCCGGACCUCCGCCAUAUUGUCAUUGACGGCAGCAAUGUGGCCAUGGUGCAUGGCCUCCAGCACCACUUCUCCAGCCGGGGCAUUGCCAUUGCUGUGCAGUAUUUCUGGGACCGUGGCCACCGGGACAUAACUGUCUUUGUGCCUCAAUGGCGCUUCAAUAGGGAUGCCAGGGUCAGAGAGGGUCACUACCUGCAAAAGCUCUACUCCCUCAGUCUGCUCUCCCUCACUCCUUCCCGAGUCAUGGACGGCAAGAGGAUCUCUUCCUAUGAUGACAGGUUCAUGGUGAAGCUGGCUGAAGAGACCGACGGGAUCAUUGUCUCUAACGACCAGUUCCGGGACCUGGCGGAGGAGUCUGAGAAGUGGAUGGCAAUCAUUAGAGAGCGCCUGCUGCCCUUCACUUUCGUGGGAAACCUCUUCAUGGUCCCUGAUGACCCAUUGGGGCGAAAUGGCCCCAUGCUGGAUGAGUUCUUGAAGAAGCCAGUCAGGGCACAGGAAUCUUCUAAGACUCAGCAUCCUUCCAGGGGCUUCACAGAACACGGUAGUCAGCAGCAGGGAAGAGAAGAGGAGGAAAAGGGCAGUGGUGGCAUUCGGAAGACCCGGGAGACUGAGAGGCUUCGGCGCCAGCUGCUGGAGGUGUUUUGGGGCCAGGAUCACAAGGUGGACUUCAUCCUGCAGCGGGAGCCUUACUGCCGUGACAUCAACCAGCUCUCUGAGGCCCUGCUCAGUCUCAACUUUUGA